AUGGCUUCCCCUCAAGUUGUCAACAUCUCCCUCCCUUCCCUGCCUCAGGGCUGGGCUGGUGAGAAGGAUUUCAAGAUCGUCGGUGCUCUCUCCGGUGCCACCAAGCGCAACGUGGAGCCCGUUGGCCCUCACUUCCUGGCUCACGCCCGCCGCUCCCGUCACAACCGCACCUUCUCCGAGGAUGAGCGUCUCCAGGCCCAGAACAGCGUCAAGAAGACCGAGGUCGAGGAGGAUGAUGAUAUCUCCGAGGACGAGGAUCCCAUGAUGCUCAACCGUGAGGCCAAGGACUGGAAGGGCCAAGAUCACUACGCCGUGCUCGGUCUCAAGAAGUACCGCUGGCGCGCAACCCCCGAGCAGAUCAAGCGUGCUCACCGUAAGAAGGUCCUCCGUCACCACCCCGACAAGAAGGCCGCCCAGGGCAAGGGUGAUGAGAACGACAGCUUCUUCAAGUGUAUCCAGAAGGCCACCGACCUCCUUUUGGACCCCACUCGUCGCCGCCAGUUCGACUCCGUUGACGAGAACGCCGAUGUCGACCCUCCUUCCAAGAAGCUCACCGGUAGCAAGUUCUACAAGGGCUGGGGCCCCGUCUUUGUUGCCGAGGGUCGUUUCUCCAACAAGCAGCCUGUGCCUACUCUCGGUGACGAGAACAGCAGCCAGGAGCACGUUGAGACUUUCUACAACUUCUGGUACAACGUUGACAGCUGGAGGACCUUCGAGUACCUCGAUGAGGAUGUUCCCGAUGAUGAUGUGAGCCGUGACCAGAAGCGUCACGUCGAGAAGAAGAACGCCAACGCCCGCCGCAAGCGCAAGACUGAGGAUGUCGUCCGUCUCCGUGAGCUCGUUGACGAGUGUCUCGCUUCCGAUGAGCGUAUCAAGAAGUUCCGCCAGCAGGCCCGUGCCGGCAAGGACGCUAAGCGUCUUGCUAAGGAGGAGGAGCUUCGCAAGGCCAAGGAGGCCAAGGAGAACGCUAAGGCCGCUGAGGAGAAGGCCAAGAAGGACGCCGAGGAGGCUGCUAAGGCCGACCGUGAGAAGAACAAGAAGGCAAAGGAGGCCGCCAAGAACGCUUCCAAGAAGAACAAGCGUAUCCUCAAGGGUUCCGUCAAGGAUGUUAACUACUUCGCCGCCGCCGGCGAGCCCUCCGCUGCUGAGAUCGACGGUGUCCUCACCGAUGUUGACCUCAUCAUGGGCAAGAUCGACGUUGACGAGCUUGCUGUUCUUGCUGAGAAGCUCACCAUUGCCGGCAAGGACGGCGCUGCCGUCAAGACUGCCUGGACUGGCGAGGCCCAGCGUCUUGUCGAGGCUGGCAAGCUCAAGGCUGGUGAGGCCAAGGUCUUCGCUUAA